AGGCUGGGAGAGGAGAGGAGGGUGCUGGAAGAAGAGCGAGAGAGAGAGACAGAGAAAGAUGAGACUUUCACGGGAUACGUCUCAAAUAUUCUCAACCAAUGAUCAUUUAAGUUAUGUCGUUCCCAUGUUUUUCCCAUGUUGUUAAGCGUGUUAUUAUCAUGUUAGCGUGUUUUUAGCAUUCUGUUAGCGUGUGUGUUCCCUGUGUGUCCAGGUCGAGACCUCUGCAGCACCACCCUCCCCGGCUACCCCCCACAUGUCCCCCCAACGGGCCAGGGCAGCUACUCUGCCUCCUCACUGACUGGUAUGGUACCUGGAGGAGAUUUCUCCGGGAGUCCCUAUUCCCACCCUCAGUAUUCCACAUAUAACGAGUCCUGGAGAUUUCCAAACCCCAGCCUGUUAGUGUUCCAACAGGACUAUGGGUCUCUCCUGGGGACGGAGAUCGGAUGUUCCUCUGGGCUCUUCACCGCCAGCCAGACGGGACAGAUGCAAGGGUCGCCGUACUACUACAGCGCGGCAUCGCGAGGGGCGGGACCGGCUGCCACGGCAACUGCCUCCGCCUACGACCGCCACUGACCCCGCCCAUCAACGAUGAAGAGGAGAAUGAGGAAGAGGAGGAAGAAAGGAGAGAUAGCACCAGCACUGUCCAAUACUAGCCUGCCUACUGACGGAGGAGAAACAGGAAGGAGGGAAGGAGGAAGGAGAGGAGGAGGAAGUGGAUGAAGAGGAGGAGGAGGAGGAGGAAGAUGAGGAGAAACAGGAAGGAGAGGAGGGGAGAGGAGGAGGAGGAAGUGGAUGAAGAGGAAGAUGAGGAGGAGGAGGAGGAGGAAGAUGAGGAGAAACAGGAAGGAGAGGAGGGGAGAGGAGGAGGAGGAAGUGGAUGAAGAGGAAGAUGAGGACGAGGAGGAGGAUCUGCUUUUCAUCAGUAAACUCCCGACUGCACGCUUUUGAUUGACACUCGAGCCGACCAAUCCCUGCUGAGCUGAGACACUGACCUAUUGCUAUUGCACCUGUUACGAUAACGUGGAUGGAUGUACCCACAGAGACUGAUCCCAGGUCAGAUUAGACAUUUUACCACCUAAUGGGUAGGGUUAGGAUCUGGGGAGGGCAAGCUGAUCCCAGGUCAGAUUGUUGGUAUAUACACCUGGACUAUUCGACUGUCGUCCCAGAGCUCUCCUGGUUGUCAUCCUGUCCCUCUGACCAGGGACUGAUUCAGAGCUGGGACACCAGGUAACUAGACUGUCUUGGCCAAUCACUGACAUUAAUCAAUUAACUACUAUCUAGGGUGACGAGACACCCAGCAGAGUUAAAGACCCGGGGACAUGGAGCUGGACAGUCUCCACAUUACAGCCUGAUACAGAGGGUCCCAAUAGUAUCCCCUUUCUCCUGAAGUGUACACUCGUUCACUACUUCCCAUUGGUUUGGUUAGAGGCUUUUUGUUGUUUUGUUAUACCAGUAAUUUCCUUUGAACUCAGUGAAGGGAAGUGAAGAAAGUGCCCACUUUCUGGAGGAAGGACGGACAGACAGACAGACAGAAUAGGGACCUCUAGAGUUUCUGGUGAAUAAGAUAUAGAUUAAUAUAUUUAAUUCCCUUUUCACUCAAAAGUGACUGUAUAAUUACGGCUCCGUCUUUCCGUUUUUAGAGGUGAUUUCCAUUAUUUUCCCACAUCCUGAAUAUGCUAAUGAGUAACCAGGAAGUAGCAAGGGUGGCCACGCCCCUCCUCUCUUUCUCUCUCUCUCUCUAAAAUCCCCAAAGAUAGUGGUGCCCCCUGCUCCCCAGUGGUGUGGCUAACUAACGACAAGAAGCACAAAGUGAUCCAAGUCACCUUCAUAGACGCCAUUUUGACUUCUUCUUCUUCUCUUUCUCCUUCUUCUUCUUCUCCUUCUUCUCCUUCUUCUUCUUCUUCUCCUUCUCCUUCUUCUUCUCUUUCUCCUUCUUCUUCUCUUUCUCCUUCUUCUUCUCUUUCUCCUUCUUCUUCUUCUCUUUCUUCUUCUCCUUCUCUUUCUCCUUCUUCUUCUUCUUCUCCUUCUUCGUCUUCUUAGUGCUUGUCUUCCAUUAGACAUUCGUUCUUCAGUGGGGAGAAUAAACUGAAGCCUAUUGUUUUAUUUCCUCCUCCUCCUCCUCCUCCUCCUCCUCAUCCUCCUCCUCCUCCCUCCUCUAUGUGUUCUGCGCUGUGACAAUGCAUGAAUUAGGCCUUUUUACUGAUACACUGACCAGUAUGCAGGGAAACUGUCCCUAGUGAUUGAUCUAAGGUCAGUUAUAUAUCCCCCCUCCUCUAAUGGUAAAGGAUAGGACCCGGGGGAGGCUAAACUGAUCCUAGAUCUGUGGUUAAGGAGCAGGUUCUAGCCUUAGUGCCAUUUCUCCCGUACCGGCCGUCUGUAUGAGAUUUGUAUAUUAAUCACUUAAUAAAAAAUGACUAAAUAAGUCUAGAUAUCAAUAUCGAUUUUGAAAUAUUCAUGAUAUUUAAACAUUUAGAUUUUAGUGACAAACAAACAACAACAACAACAACAACAAAAAGAGAAUAAAAAGGUGUAGUUUUUAGUCUGUCUGAGAGGGACUUGUUGUUGUUUUGGAUACUCUCUGUGUGUGUGUGUGUGUGUGUGUGUGUGUGUGUGUGUGUGUGUGUGUGUGUGUGUGUGUGUGUGUGUGUGUGUGUGUGUGUGUGUGUGUGUGUGUGUGUGUGUGUGUGUGUGUGUGUGUAGGAACGUAGUGUGCGGAUGCUACAAUGUAGUUGUAGCUGCCUGGUUGGAAGGAACCAAAACUGAACAUAAAGAUAUAUAUGUUAUAGCUACGGAAAACUACUGAAUAAAAGUGUUGUUUUACUCUCUGUUGUAAAAUAGUUAGAAAAUAAUCCUUCACUUACACAUUUGUAGACUUUAAUAAAAGUUGUUUCGUAUGCAACUCUAAAGAAACCCCUUACUAUGGUUCGCCUCGUGUGCUCGAUAUGGGUCAACCCUGUGGAAUUAGCAUUACUAGAACGGACAUUCUAGAACCAAUAGACAUUCUGCAACCACUAGACAUUCUAGAACCACUAGACAUUCUGCAACCACUAGACAUUCUAGAACCACUAGACAUUCUGCAACCACUAGAAGGGACAUUCUAGAACCCAUAGACAUUCUGCAACCACUAGACAUUCUAGAACCACUAGACAUUCUACAACCACUAGACAUUCUGCAACCACUAGACAUUCUACAACCACUAGACAUUCUGCAACCACUAGACAUUCUGCAACCACUAGACAUUCUGCAACCACGAGACAUUCUACAACCACUAGACAUUCUGCAACCACUAGACAUUCUACAACCACUAGACAUUCUGCAACCACUAGACAUUCUAGAACCACUAGAAGGGACAUUCUACAACCACUAGAUGGGACAUUCUAGAACCACUAGAAGGGACAUUCUAGAACCACUAGAAGGGACAUUCUAGAACCACUAGAAGGGACAUUCUAGAACCACUAGAAGGGACAUUCUAGAACCACUAGAAGGGACAUUCUAAAACCACUAGAUGGGACAUUCUAGAACCACUAGAAGAGACAUUCUACAACCACUAGAAGGGACAUUCUAGAACCACUAGAUGGGACAUUCUAGAACCACUAGAUGGGACAUUCUACAACCACUAGAAGGGACAUUCUAGAACCACUAGAUGGGACAUUCUAGAACCACUAGAAGAGACAUUCUACAACCACUAGAAGGGACAUUCUAGAACCACUAGAUGGGACAUUCUAGAACCACUAGAAUGGUAUGGGAUGGCUACAGUCCAGUGUACAGAUUUCACACUCUGCUUCUCAAACGGCACCGUUUCUCUGCAACGGCAGCCGGCGCGCUACAUGGGGAACAGGGUGUCAUUCAGGACGCCUGUCUUUGUCCGUUCUACUAAACUCUAACUCUGUCGUGGAACCCAUCCUUAACAUUCUCUCUCUCUCUCUUGAUUCUGAGGCAUUAGAUCCUGAAACUCACCAGCUGCCAAAAUAAGGUGCCUUUAGGUUUAUACCUGAACACUCCCCUACUGAUCACACGUCACUAUAACACUCCCCUACUGACCACACGUCACUAUAGCACUCCCCUACUGACCACACGUCACUAUAACACUCCCCUACUGAUCACACGUCACUAUAACACUCCCCUACUGACCACACGUCACUAUAACACUCCCCUACUGACCACACGUCACUAUAGCACUCCCCUACUGACCACACGUCACUAUAACACUCCCCUACUGAUCACACAUCACUAUAACACUCCCCUACUGACUGACCACACGUCACUAUAACCCUCCCCUACUGACCACACGUCACUAUAACACUCCCCUACUGACCACACGACACCAUAGCACUCCCCUACUGACCACACGUCACUAUAACACUCCCCUACUGACCACACGUCACUAUAGCACUCCCCUACUGACCACAUGUCACUAUAACACUCCCCUACUGAUCACACGUCACUAUAACACUCCCCUACUGACCACACGUCACUAUAACACUCCCCUACUGACCACACGUCACUAUAACACUCCCCUACUGACUGACCACACGUCACUAUAACACUCCCCUACUGACCACA